AUGUUCGAGGAAGAGUUUGUCCAGUUUGCAGCUUCGGCCGGCUCUGUCGACCUUGUUGGUGCUUCCAUUUUGGUUGACGCUUCAGACUUCCCCGGCGUUCAAAGAGCAUGUCGCCAUCUGGCCCAGGACUUUGGCCGCGUGACGAGCGGCACCGCCAGCCCCGUCAUUGAAGUCGGAUCAGAAUACGACUCACUUGACCUGAAGACGGACACAGCCAUCAUUGUGGGCAGCCUCGGCUCAAGCCGCAUCCUUCAGCUCCUCGAGAAAUCUGGAAAAUUGAAUGUCGACAGUAUUCGCGGCAAGUGGGAGUCCUUUACCACAGCAGUCAUUGACAACCCAUUUGCCUCUUGCAAAAGAGCACUUGUCAUAGCUGGCAGCGACAAGAGGGGAGCCAUCUUUGGCAUCUAUACCCUGUCCGAGCAAAUUGGUGUUUCCCCCUGGUACUGGUGGGCAGAUGUCCCAUCCAAGAGCCACCCCCAGAUUCAUGCAUCUCAAAAGUCAACAGUGCAUGGAGAGCCAAGUGUGCGAUACCGCGGCAUCUUCCUCAACGAUGAAGCCCCCGCCCUUACUGGUUGGGUCUUGGAGAAAUACGGUGCCUACAAUUCGGAAUUCUACAAGAAUGUGUUUGAACUACUUUUGCGACUAAAGGCCAACUUCAUGUGGCCUGCCAUGUGGCCAGGCUACCCAAACCCCGGGGCCUCUUUCUUUGUCGAUGAUCCAAAGAAUCAAAGCAUGGCGGACGAAUAUGGCAUAAUGGUGUCGACGUCCCAUCACGAGCCCAUGCAGCGUCUAUCCAACGAAUGGUUCGACGAGAACCCAGAUGGCAGCUGGAACUGGCUGACCAAUAAAGACAAGAUUACUGAAUUCUUCAAAGGCGGUGCGGAGCGCGCUCAAGGAUAUGACUCGUACUUUACUCUCGGCAUGAGGGGCGAGUACGAUAAGAAGAUGGCUGGCGAUGACCCUGCCGCGGUCGUUCAAGAUGUUAUCACCGCCCAACGCGAGGUGUUUAGGCAGGUGUAUGGAAGCGAGGACGCAGUGCCCCAACUCUUUGCUGUGUAUAAAGAGGUCCAGUACCUCUUCGAAACCGGCCGAAUCAAUGUCCCCGAUGAUGUCACGCUACUUUUCCAGGAUGACAACUUUGGCACAAUUCGCCGUCUCCCUACCACCAAGGAAGCCGAGAGGAAAGGUGGUGCUGGAGUUUACUACCAUCUCGAGUAUGUCGGAUCCCCUCGCAGCUACAAGUGGAUCAACAGUAAUUCCUUGGGGAAAAUAUGGCAUCAGUUGAUGCAAGCCUAUCACCGCAAAGCGAGGCAGAUUUGGGUCUUUAAUGUCGGCGACCUCAAACCUCUGGAGAUUCCCAUGACGUUUGCCAUGGCUCUCGCAUGGAAUGUGGACAACAUUCCAUCGGAUGGGAUCCAGAAAUUCCUCGGCAACCUAGCAGAACGUCAAUUCGGCCAGGAACUCUCCGCGGAUGUUAGCUCUGUCUGGCACGGCUACGAUCGUCUAGCAUCCUUGAGAAAGCAUGAGCACAUCGAGCCUGACACCUUUUCCCUGCUCCAUUACAACGAAGCAGAAAUCAUUCUACAUCGCUGGAAGGACCUACUUGACCGCGCUGAUGCGCUACACCGUCGUACCACUCCCGAGCAAAAGGCAGCUUCGUUCCAGCUCAUUCUGCACCCAGUCAAAGCCUCAUACAUCUACGUCGCGCUGCAGAUUAUGCGAGCGAAGAACCAGCUCUACGCGCGCCAACGCCGAAACUCGGCCAACAAGGUUGCUCAAACCGUCUUGGACCUCUUCGAUGAGGACUUUGAUCUCUCGGAAGAGUUUCACGCGCUCUUGGAUGGCAAGUGGAAUCACAUGUUGAUGCAGACGCAUUAUGGCUACGAGGAAACUUGGCAUGCACCAUCGCGCGACAUGAUCAGUGGGCUAUGCUACGUACAAAGACGUCAGAAUUCCAACCCGAUUGUUGGCCAAAUGGGCGUCGCCAUCGAGGGCCAUGAAGGUGUCAGACCGGGCCGUAUCAAUGAGGAGUCGGAGCGAACGCAUCCUAGCAGGCGAGAUUUGGUGCCAGGUGUCACGCUGGGACUUAUGAGCCGCUAUGGACCGGAAAAACGAUGGUUCGAAAUAUUCACGCGCGGAACAUCGCACAUCCAUUGGUCAGCAUCGGCGCCAUAUCCCUGGAUGAAGCUGUCAGUUACAUCUGGUACGCUCGUUCCAGGCGAGGAUGAUGCACGGGUCGAUAUCUCUGUCGACUGGAGUGAAGUGCCAGAGAGCUUCGAUGAGGAGACGCUCAUUGUUAUUCGAUCCGAAGAGGGGGAUCUGGAGCAUGUUCAUCUACCAAUCACUGGCCGACGAGUACCGAAUACUUUCCAGAACGGUUUUGUUGAAGGAUGUGGAUAUGUCUCUAUCCCGGCCACGGGGUGUGAUAUCAAAUCCCCCCAUAUCCCUUUACCUGAUGCGGGAAGACUGGAAAGUGGCUCAGUAGCUCUCCAGCCCUCUUUUCCAAAGGAAGAUGAGACCUUCUUCCUGACCUACCCGUUUUACCUCUUCUCGGAACCUUCUUCUCCAACUUUGCUACUUUACUUUGCGACUACCUUGGACUUUUCUACCGAAGACAUCUUGUCUUACGACUUGAAAUUUGACGAUGGCGAGGCAAUGAGCCACCGCCUCCAGAAAACCAGUCCUGAGAGUGAUAAGAACGCCGCCGAGUUGGGUUGGCCGGCAGCUGAUGACUGGUUCUUCGCUGCGUCCGACAACGUUUGGGUACGAAAACAUGAGAUAUCUGGCCAAGACCUAAAACCCGGAAAGCAUCUCCUUCAAAUCAAAUUGAGGCAUGCUAACAUGAUGCUGGAGAAACUGGUGGUUGAUUGUGGUGCGGUUUCGGACAGUUACAUUGGACCACCAUCAAGUGCUGAGGUUAAGAAUGGAGAAAAUAAUAGUAAGAAUGUUGGAGAACAUGGGGAUAACUUGGGUUAA